AUGCUUGAACACUUUUCGAACGAACUCCUUAUUGAAAUUUUUGAAUAUUUAUCGGUUCAAGAUUUGUACAAUGGUUUUUAUGAUCUCAAUAUUCGAUUUACAUCGAUUCUUGCUUCUCUUACUAAUCUCUGGGGCAAAUUAGCAUCGAAUAAAGAUGCUCUAUUGCCUGCCUUUCGUUUCUUUGCUUCUUGUAUUACCAUGUUGGAUGUCGAUUACGAAGAUCCCAUUGAUUUGUCUUUAUUUCAUGCUAUUCGUUCACUUCGAUUGGCCAGAGAACCAGAUUGUGGUAUAUCUUAUUCGAUUUUGGCACUUUCUAAUCUUGAACGUUUUGAUAUUGUACAUAAUAAUUCAAACAGUAUUUUAAAUGAUGAUACAAAUUAUACUGUAAAUGGUAAUACAACCAAUAUACACGCACUUUCAAAUACUGAACCAUCAUGUGAUAUUCAAUCGAAUAUUACCGAAAAUAGUUCAUUAUCCACAACAAUAAUAACAACAAAUGACAAUAAAAAACGUACAUAUCAAAAAUGGUAUUCAAAAGACUAUAAGUGGCUUGUUUAUGAACCAAAUAAAGGUGGAUUUUGUUGCAUAUAUCGUGAUUACUGGAAACCAACAGUACCAUUCUAUUCUGAGAUGAAUACAAGAACAAGAAGUGUUUUUACUACACAACCGUUCGUCAAUUGGAAAAAUGCACCUGGUCAAUGUGGAACUUUACAGAAACACCAAGAAUCUACUUAUCAUAGAACAGCUGCGCAAAAUUUAUCAUUUAGGCAGACAGAAGGAUCAGUAGCACAACAAUUAUUUAAUGCUAGUGAAUUGGAACGUCAAGAAAAUCGUCAAAGAUUUGGUGAUUUAUUAGAUGGCGCAUAUUUUUUAUUUAAGCAUGAACUUCCACAUACAACAUUAUAUGCACCAUUACUGGAAGUAUUAUCAAAAAUUGAUCGCAGUAAAAAAUUAUCAAAAUUUUUCGAUAAAUGUAAAAAGAAUGCUACCUAUGAUAGCACAGCAACAGUAACAGAAUUAUUAGAAUCAACAAGUGAAGUAAUCGAUAAACAAAUCUUAACGAAAAUUCAUGAAUCAAGAAUAAUAUCAAUCAUGGCUGAUGAAGGCACAGAUAUAAACCAUCAUCAAAACUUAUCAAUUUGUAUACGUUAUUGUAAUCAAGAUACAGAUAAAGAUGCACAAACAAUAUUUGACACAAUUAUUAAAGAAUUAAAAUCUAAAAAUAUUGAUAUGAGAAAAAUUCGUUUUACUGGUUUUGAUGGUGCGUCAGUGUUUAGUGGAGAAUUUAAUGGUGUAGCAGCAAAAUUUCGUCAGAUGUAUUCAAAUUCCAUAUUAUUUAUUCAUUGCCGUGCUCAUGUAUUACAGUUGUGUUUAUUAUCAGCAUGUGAAGAUAUAAUUGAAGUACAAGAAAGUUUAUUAACAUUGAAAUCAUUGUUCAAUUUUAUUAAACGAUCGUCCAUUAGAUUAGCACGUUUUAAUGAUAUUCAAAUGUUAUUAAAACAUCCACAGUUAAAAUUAAUUCAACCUUGUGAUACACGAUGGCUAUCAUAUUCUCGUUCUAUUAUUGCUGUUAUUCGUUGUUAUGAACCAUUAAUGAUGACACUGGAACAUAUUGCUAAUGAAAGAGGUGAAGAAAGUCCAUCUGCAUCGGGUCUACUUUCAAUUUUACAAGAUCAAUCAACAACAUUCAUAUUGCAUAGUUUAGAACCAAUUCUUGAAGCACUUUCAAUACUGUCGAAGUCCAUCCAAACAAAAAACGGUGAUUUUAAUCAACUUGAACAAUCAAUGCUCGGAACAUUGUUACGAUUAGAAGAAUUGAAAGACAUUGAUAUUAAUGAAUAUAAACAAAUAUUUGAGAUUGUUGAUAAAAUAAAGACAUUAUCAUCAAGUAAUGUGAAUCGUGAUCGUAUAACACGUGCAACAACAAGAACAAAUGAAAUUAGUUUAGAACAAAUAUUCAAUGAUAAAAUAGUCAAAUUUAUUGAUAAAAUUAUAUCAAAUAUAAAAGCUCGAUUUGAAUCAAAUGCGUUAAAAUUCCUCAACUGUUUUCGUAUAUUUGAUGUAUCUGAAGUAACUAAUGAACAAGAAUAUGGUAUACAAGAAAUUAAUAUUAUCAGACAACAGUACCCUAAUGAUUUUAAUGAUGACUUACUAGCCGAAUGGAAAGUAUUUCGCAAAUAUUUAUUUGUACAAAAACAACAGCAAAAAUCUACAAUUUUAACACAACGACAGCAAUGUAUUAAUUUAGUCAAAAAUGGAAUGACAAGAGAAAUGUAUCCACAAUUAUCAUUAGCUGCUGAAAUAUUUUUAUGUGCACCAAUUAGUACAGCAACAACAGAACGUGAUUUUAGUACAAUGAAUAGAAUAUUAACUGAUCUACGAAAUCGUUUAACAACAGAACAUUUAGAACAAUUAAUGAGAAUAUCAAUAGAAGGACCAUCUGAUUUAGAUGAUGAUUUAAAAGAUUUAAUUAUUAAUUGUUGGAAAAUUAAAAAAUCACGAAAAAUUUCGGUUUAA